AUUUUUUUUGCUCACAUGCAUUCUUUCCGGUGUCUACAAAGGAUGAAUAAUGACGGCCUCUGUCUGCGGCUCGGGGUUAUUAUUCCAUGUGACAGCCUCCGGCUGCGCUGGGCUCCGAUCUGCGGCUCUCCUGCCCGGCAUUGCAGGGAAGAUUAGGAUAUGGGCUGGGGGACUAUAAACGCGGAGGGAUAGAGAGAAGAGAGCAUUCCAUCCUGCUGAGGAUCUCUCAGUGAUCAGCAUUAUAUCCUGCUGGGGAUCUCUCAGUGAUCAGCAUUCCAUCCUGCUGGGGAUCUCUCAGUGAUCAGCAUUCUAUCCUGCUGGGGAUCUCUCAGUGAUCAGCAUUCCAUCCUGCUGGGGAUCUCUCAGUGAUCAGCAUUCCAUCUUGUUCGGGAUCUCUCAGUGAUCAGCAUUCUAUGCUGCUGGGGAUCUCUCAGUGAUCAGUAUUCCAUCCUGCUGGGGAUCACUCAGUGAUCAGGAUUCUAUCCAAUUCGGGAUCUCGUAGUAAUAUGGAUUCCCUCCUGCUGGGAUCUCUCAACGAUAAGGACUGCACGCUGCUGGGGAUCGCAUAUUAAUAAGGAUUCCCUCGUGCUGGCGAUCUGGUAGACAUAAGGAUUCCCUCCAGGCUGGGGAUCUCCCAGUGAUAAGGAUCUCCUGCCGAUCUCCAGCAGGCCCCGUGUCUUCUCGUGUAGCAGAGCUGACCCCGCUGUCACCGGGAUCUCCCAUGUCAACGCUAGAAAAAAAAACUGAGUCCACCCACAUGCACGGACCGUUAAAUAGGCAAGUCCCGUGUGCAUCUGUCAGUGAGACCGCGGCAGGCAGAGGCUGAGCAAGCAGCAGGGAUCUGAACUGAUGGAAGAACCAAAGGUUGCAAAACAGAAGAAGACAUGGCACAAGAAGGUCUUUUUCAUCCUAGGAGUUCCGUUAGCCUUGGUGGUUAUUGCUUUAGUUAUAACUGCUGUUGUGCAGAAUAAACCUCUCCCAAAGAAUAUUAAGUAUGGCAUUGUGUUAGAUGCUGGCUCCUCUCAUACCAGCCUGUAUAUAUACAACUGGCCUGCAGAGAAAGAAAACGAUACCGGCAUUGUUAAACAAGUUGAAGCGUGCAAAGUUGAAGGGAAUGGUGUAUCUAGUUAUUUCAAAGAGCCCGUCAAGGCCGGGCUUUCUCUUCAGACGUGCAUUAACAAAGCCAAGGAGGUGAUUCCACAGAGUCAGCACAAGGAAACACCAGUUUAUUUAGGGGCAACAGCUGGGAUGAGAUUGCUCAGGCUAGCUAACCACACAUUGGCUGAUGAGGUCCUGUCAUCGGUGGAGAACACUCUGCGUUCCUCUCCCUUUGAUUUUCAGGGUGCCAGAAUAAUCACAGGGCAAGAAGAAGGAGCGUAUGGGUGGAUUACUAUUAACUAUCUGUUAAACAACUUUAUACAAGAUUCAAGCAGGUUCAAUAUUUUGCCAAAUUUUAAAAAGGCUGAAACAUCAGGUGCUCUGGAUCUUGGAGGAGCCUCAACACAGAUUACUUUUGUAUCCAAUGAAGAAAUUGAAUCUCAAGAAAAUUCCUUGCACUUCCGCCUGUACGGUAAAUCGUACGAUGUCUACACGCACAGCUUCCUGUGUUACGGGAAGGAUCAAGCUCUCCGGCUGCAUCUAGCUGAAACCAUACAAAAUACAAACAAUGACACCCUUUUCGAUCCAUGCUUUAACUCAGGAUAUAGACGGAAUACGAGCACAACUGACCUGUACAGCAGUCCCUGUGUGUCUGAACUCAGAACACUUGCUGCACCAAUGAACUUUGAGAUAAAGGGGACAGGAGAUUACGACCUAUGCAAGAGAAACAUUGAGUCAAUCUUCAACACGACACAAUGCACUUAUUCUACAUGUUCAUUUAAUGGUAUUUUUCAGCCAAUGCUACAAGGGAAAUUUGGGGCAUUCUCUGCUUUCUUUUUUGUGAUGGAUUUUUUAAAGAUCAACAAGGAACAGGUCUCUCUUGAUGAGGCUAAAGAACGGGUCCGAAAACACUGUUCCAGACCUUGGGAUGAGGUAAAAGCAGAAUUCCCAAAAAUAAAGGUGAAGUAUCUUAGUGAAUAUUGCUUUUCUGGAGCCUACAUCUUAAUUCUCCUUGAAUAUGGAUAUGGCUUUACAGCAAAAAAUUGGAACGAUAUCAGCUUUUUGGGAAAGAUCGGUGGAAGCGAUGCUGGCUGGACUCUGGGGUAUAUGCUGAAUCUGACCAAUAUGAUCCCAGCUGAGUUGCCUCCAUCUCCACCACUGUCUCACGGUGGUUAUGUUGGACUUAUGGUGUUCUUCUCCAUACUUUUGUUUUUCAUCCUUUUGACUUGCUGGUUAUGCUUCCGAAAACCAUGUCUACAGAAAGGGAUCAUCUAGGAUUAGACACAAAGACACUGCCAGCGGUUAAUUGAGUACUUCUACGGACAGUUGUCUGCUGUUUCAGGAAAAAAGAUUCUUGCAGGCUGGGUUUUAUCAAGAAGAAUUCAACAUUUUUAUGAACACAAUGAACUUAAAAGUCUGAAAUAUGAAAUAACUAUAUAUGUGGAACUGAACUCUUGAACGGGUUAUUUUUUUUAUGAACUUCAUGCUUUAUGAAGAUUGUAUUAACAUUGCCUUUUCAAGAUACAAUAGAAGACUGUGAGUAGGGGAUCAAAUCAAUGGACAUACAAAUGGGGCUUGUUGUCAAAGCUACAAAAACUGAUCUCAGGUUACAUCAUAGUUAGCGCUAUUAUUGUAUUUUUAUAAAUCCUAGUCAUUUAUAAUAGGUUGCUUUCCUUUGUCCCUGAAAAGAAAGGCACACUCCUUUGCUACUGUUGGUGUACUCGAGAUCUCAGUACAAUUCUAUAACAACAAAAACACAAUACCAGAUUUCACUGUGGGGUGUGUUCUCCAAUAGACCUUACACUGUGUCUUAGCUUUGUGUAUAAGUCUUUUUUUUUUUUUUUUUUCUUUUUUAUGUUAAUGGUCUUACCUCAUCCGUUUUCAGUUUGUCGUUCAUUAUGAGUUAUAAAGAAGUUUAAAGUUGGUUAAUCUCUAUAGUCAUCAUCUGAAAAUGACUUUCGUUCCAAGAGACAUUUCAAGACAAAAAUAUUCCUGCUACUUUUCUUUCUCUGUCUCUCGUUUCUUUAUCUCCUGGCUGUUGCGGCUCAGCCCAGACAGUAAGAUGCCUAUGUAACAGACAAAUGUAUUGAUUAAAUAAAUGUAUGGUUGGAGUUCCUUAGCACAUGCACUACAGAAA